CCCUGCCUUUUCCUCCAUGGCAGAGGAGGGACCCCGGCCCGAGACUCCUCCCACCCCAGCCGCCUUCCCGGUUUUCCUGGCCUCAGGGGCUCCUCGCGGCCUCCUGCUCCGGGGCCUAGGGAGUCCCAGCCUCCUCAGAGACCCCAGUGUGGGCCCCCUGGGUGGGGCGGGGGGGGCACAGACAGGCUGCCCGGGCGGGGUGGGGGGCAGAGGCGUGCUGGGUCCCCAGGCUUGCAUCGACGAGAACCCGGAGGUAGUCCGCUUCCUGGUGGAGGAGGGGGCCUCGGUCAACCAGGCGGACAACGAGGGCUGGACCCCCCUGCACGUGGCGGCGUCCUGCGGAUACCUGGACAUCGCCCAGUACCUCCUGAGCCACGGGGCCGACAUCGCGGCUGUUAACAGCGAUGGGGACCUGCCCCUGGACCUGGCCGAGGCUGAUGCCAUGGAGAGUCUGCUGAGGGCCGAGGUCGCCCGCAGAGGUGUGGAUGUGGAGGCAGCCAAGAGGGCUGAAGAGGAGCUCCUGCUGCGGGACACCCGCUGCUGGCUGAACGGGGGCGCCAUGCCCGAGGCCCGCCACCCCCGCACUGGCGCCUCAGCGCUGCACGUGGCCGCUGCCAAGGGCUACAUGGAGGUGAUGAGGCUGCUCCUUCAGGCGGGCUACGACCCCGAGCUACGGGAUGGCGAUGGCUGGACGCCUCUGCACGCCGCGGCGCACUGGGGCGUCGAGGAUGCCUGCCGUCUGCUGGCCGAGCACGGGGGCGGCAUGGACUCCCUGACCCACGCGGGGCAGCGGCCCUGCGACCUGGCAGACGAGGACGUGCUGAGCCUCCUGGAGGAGCUAACCAGGAAGCAGGAAGAUCUUCGGAACCAAAAGGAAGCCCAGAAGCGAGGGACGGAGCCCGGCUCGGAGCCCCAGCCGGUGGCUGGCAGCAAACACAGGAGGAGCUCCGUGUGCCGCCUGAGCAGCCGGGAGAAGAUCAGUCUCCAGGACCUGUCCAAGGAGAGGAAGCCAGGGGGUGCCGGGGGACCCCCACUUCGGGACGACGAGGAGAGCGAGGAGGGGCCCCCCGAGCCCGGAGCCUUCAACGGCCUGGCGUCCCCUCGGAGCCCGGAAGUCCCCAGCCUCAAGACCAAGGAGCUUCGCCUGGCCCGAGUGCCCCCCACGCUGGCUCGGAAGACUGCCGAGGCCCCAGACCCGACCUCGGAGUCCCCCACGCCACUGCCAGCCAUGCCAGCUGCCCCGGGGCCGGCCUCUUCUGCCCCCACCGAUUCCAGGGACCGCAGGAGAUCCUAUCAGAUGCCGGUGAGGGACGAGGAAUCCGAGUCUCAGCGCAAGGCCCGGUCUCGGCUCAUGCGCCAGUCCCGGAGGUCCACCCAGGGGGUGACGCUGACCGACCUGAAGGAGGCUGAGAAGAGCGCCAGCAGAGCCUGGGAGCCCGAGAAGGAGGCGGAGCUCUCCAAGGGCGUGGACCCUGCUCGGAGGCCCCGAGUUCCCGGACUGGACAACUCUGACGGGCCGGUCCAGAGAGCAGAGGAGCCCGAGGGGGACGGUCUUGGCCGGUCAGCAGCCCGGGACCGGAGGAAAGUCAGGAAGGAGCGGCGGGGGCCGGCGGAGGGCGAGGAGGCGGAAUUCGGGGACCCCCUGCCCAGUGAGGAGAGCCCGACCUCCAGCCUGGUGGACGGCUCCAAGCGCCCCCGGCCCCCGGCAGACCCCGGGGACCACCCGCCAGACAGCAGCAGCAACUUCCGCAAGCUGUACCUGAGCCUGAAGGGGGAGAAUGAGCGGCUCAGGGAGAGCCUACAGGAGACCACCUUGAGGCUGGCGCAGCUCAAGGUGGAGCUGGAGAAGGCUACGCAGAAACAGGAGCAGUAUGCCGACAGGCCAGCAAUGCUGGAGCUGGAGAGAUUUGAACGGCGGGCCCUCGAAAGGAAGGCAGCCCAGCUGGAGGAGGAGCUGAAGGCCCUGUCCGACCUGCGGGCCGACAACCAGCGGCUGAAGGAUGAGAACUCGGCCCUGAUCCGGGUCAUCAGCAAACUCUCCAAGUGACCCCUUCCCCACCCCGGGAGGCGGGGCCCGGCCCUGCCCCCUCCCUCACCCCUAUUUAUGCAGCUGCUUCUGCCACAGAUCAUUCCUUUGUGUGAAACUCGGGGACCCCGGAGGGGACGUCUGGGCCCCCAUCACCCCCUAACAAAGCCAUAAUCACCCCCCACACUCCCCGGCACCCCUGGGAUGGGGGGAGCCGGGCCCAGUGGAGGCCGCGGGAGAGGGCGGAGCAGGGCCGGAGGGAGCCGGCCAGAGCCGAGGAGGACAGUAUAUUGUAUGUCGCCGAGGGCCAGCAGGACGAGUGGCUCAGAGGAGAAGCUCCCGGCUGGGAGCCGCGGGGGGUGGGGCUGAAGGCCAAGGACCAAGGGAGCCGGAAGAUGCAGACUUUGGGGACCAGGGUGCCUGCCUGAGAGAGACCCUCCCCGCCCCCGCCCCCAUCACGUGUGAUGCCACCCCCUCCUCUCCUCCCCCUCCAGGGAGCAAAGAAUGUGCCAAUGGCCCGUGGGGCCGUGUAUAUAGGGGCGUGGGUUUCUGGGGGCCCCACGCCCACUCAUGAUGUGCAAUAGGGGAAGGAGGCUUCUAUUUUUGUGGCCGGGGUCUCCCCGCCGCCUGGGUCGGGUGGGGGGAGGGCACCCAUGCUGGGAGAAAGUAUUUUCCUGAGAGCUGCCGUGGCCACGGGGCACCGCGAAUAAAGGUGUGACUUUGC